UUUUGCUUGUUUUAAAUGCAGGGAAUGAAUUUGGGCAUCCUGAAUGGUUGGACUUCCCAAGGAAAGGGAACAAUGAGAGUUACCAUUAUGCCAGAAGGCAGUUUAAUUUAACUGAUGACGACCUUCUUCGCUAUAAGUUCCUAAAUAACUUUGACAGAGAUAUGAAUAGACUGGAAGAAAGACGUGGUUGGCUUUCAGCUCCACAGGCCUACGUGAGUGAAAAACACGAAGGCAAUAAGACCAUCACGUUUGAAAGAGCAGGACUCCUCUUUAUUUUCAACUUCCACCCAAGCAAGAGCUACACAGACUACAGAGUUGGGACAGCAAUGCCAGGGAAAUUCAAAAUUGUACUAGAUUCAGAUGCAGCCGAGUAUGGAGGACACCAGAGACUGGACCACAAUACCGAUUACUUUGCUGAGGCUUUUGAACAUAAUGGGCGCCCCUAUUCUCUUUUGGUGUACAUUCCAAGUCGAGUGGCCCUCAUCCUUCAAAACGUUGAUCUGCCAAACUGAGGAGACCCAAACUCAGCCCAUCUCAUGCAGAUGUGCUGCCUGAUUCUCUUCGUCAAAGUGUUGAUAGUGUGUAAGCUUUGCAAAACACGGCUGUCUAGCCACAACACCAGGCUGAAAUUCACUGUUGGAACAUGCAAAUAUAUAAGUUGCUUCUGAAGUGGAAGGGAGGAUUGCUUCAAAUAUUAGCAAUGCAUAUUCAAAGCCAUCCGAGAAAUUAGGAUUUGCAAAUGAAGUGUACCAUAUAAUACUUUUUAAAUGUUACUUCACUGGCAAAAUAUCUGAUUCUUUCAUUUCAAAUCUGAAUUAUUCAUCAGGCAUGCUUAUUUUUGCUGUAGUAGGAUAUUUUUGUGAGAUGACUAUUUGGUGGCCUUAUUUGUUCUAAUAUCUAUUGGUCUGAAUUAUGAAGUACUGAGUUUGUUUCUCUGGGUUUUUUUUUUUUUCAAAUUGUCUUUAGAAAUAAUGUGUUAAAUAUGUAGCAGUAAUAUAAAAAUGAGAAUCUUAUAAAAGAUAAUAUAAUAUUUUUACCUGUGCCUCAUUUUGCAUCAUUUUGUCUUGUAAUCUUCUGUCCAUGUACUGUUCCGUAGAUGCUGAUAUUU